AUGGCCACUAAGACUUCAGCCAUGAACGUCUCAAUUUGUUGCGGAAAGUCACGUCGAAUCAGGGCAAACAGGUUUCGAAAUAUGCCGAGAACGAGCUCAUCUGCGUUCGGAAGAUGCAUAUCCGGACCCCUUGAGGUUGUUACUAAGUUGUUUGAAAAAGAGCCGGAAGAUAUCCCGGAGCUCUGCUUGUAUGUAAGGCUGGCGCGUAAUCAUACUACAUACACCGAAUCAACUCUGAGGCCCGGCAAAGGUUACCCGUUUCAGGGAUCGCGCCUCAUGAUUCAAGAACACCUCAGCAACAACCCGUGGUUCGCUCGAGGAUCUGAUGGUCCAACUGCUGCAGAUUAUGUAAUGUCCUUUGGAUUGGAAGGAUUAACUGUAGGAAGGGAAAUUACGCCAGAGAGCCAUCCCGCUAUAUCGAGGCAUAUAGACAAGUUGCCUCCGUUUUUUGUGAUAUUUGUAAACCUGCAUAUCAAUCGGCACGGAAUGAUCCUGCAGGAAUGGGAAGAAAAGAUCGGCAAAUCCAAGAAAAACACGGAUGUACGGCUGAUGGUGGUGGACCUUCAACGGGAAAGCUUGUGUUUAUUUCUCGGUUGA